AUGGCCAUGGAGCGACCUGUGCGGCUGGUGCUGGAUGCGUCCCUCCUCCUCGAUCCCGUCGGUGCAGGGGCGCAGGAGGCCGCGUCGGUGCCCACGCUGCGUCCCGGGGCGGAGGCGCUGCUGCGGCGGCUGCGCCACUCCAAUCUGGGCGUGGCAAUUUGCCAUACGGAGGAAAUGCCAACUACUGUGAUGAACCAAUAUAUCCAGCUAGAUUUAUUUCCAGAUGCUCCCGUUGCACUGAUCACUCUUGAUGUCUGUCAAAGUUUUCUUCUGCUAAAUCCUGCUGUGCGAGUUGAUGAAGAUCUAUUUUCUGAACUUGAGAGCCACAACUGGAAGGUUAUUGCUGUAGAUAGUGAAUGUGGAACAAAAGAUUCUGGAGUUGUAAAUAUUGGCAAGCUUCAAGAGCUGCUUAUCACUUUGGCUACUUUAAUUAAAAAGAGAGGAGCAUUUCCCAUUUAUCCUAGUGAAAAUGGACUUAUCUUUGUCCCACUCUCAUUUGAACUUCCUUUAGCCUCUCAACUUCUAGAAGUUGACAUAAUCCUCCACAAAAUGACGGAUGAGAUCAUUACCAUUGAUCCAAAUUGCUCCAUCAGUUUUCCCAGGGGAAUUUCAUUUUCUGCAGGAAUGUCUGAAGUUAUAAGGUUUAUGGAAGAAUACCCUGAUUUUUGCAUCAUUGAUCCAUUCAAAAAUAUUUCCCCGUUGCUUGAUCGUCUGCAAAUCCAAGAAAUUCUAGUUAGAUUGCAAGAACUUGGCUCUGAAGGAAGGCCCAAACUCCGAGCACCACAUUCUUUGAAGGUCAUAAAAUUCAAUGGCAGUGAAUUACAGAAGCAACUAGCAGAAGCUAAUUUAUCAUUUCCACUCAUCGUGAAGCCACAAGUAGCAUGUGGAGUCGCUGAUGCGCACAAUAUGGCAUUAGUUUUCCAAAUUGAAGAGUUUAGCAACCUUAGUGUGCCUCUUCCAGCUAUUCUACAGGAAUACAUUGAUCACGGGUCCAAGAUAUACAAAUUUUAUGUAAUUGGAGACAAGGUUUUUCAUGCUGUAAAAACUUCAAUGCCCAAUGCAAAUUUGCUAAAAUCGUCAUCGGGGGAUGAACCUCUUACGUUUAAUAGUUUGAAGACUCUUCCAGUGGCUACCAAGGAGCAGCUGCUGCUGAACAGGGUACAUGAUAACAAAUCUCUGAACAUCGGUGUGGUGGAAGAGGCUGCAAAAUUGUUAAAGGAAUCACUUGGACUAACAAUUUUUGGAUUUGAUGUUGUUGUUCAGGAGGGCAGUGGAGACCAUGUCAUAGUGGACCUAAACUAUCUUCCGUCAUUCAAAGAAGUUCCUGACUCCGAGGCGAUGCCUGCGUUCUGGGAUGCAAUCAGGCAGUCAUACGAGUCGAAGAAAGGGAAGAUCGCGUGGAGCUCCAGGGAAACUUUCAGGAUUGCCGGCACAGUUUUGGCCUUUUGUUAUUCAGGCAAGCUUCCGUCACUAAUGGAGCACAUGAAGAGGUUCUCCGGCAUGGCGAGGGGCACACCCGCGUCGGCUCCGGCGCGGAAGGACGAAGACGAGAGCCUGCUUCUCUUUGGGGAACUGUACAGGCAUGAUCAGGAGAAGGAGGUGAACCUCCUUGACCCAAUGUACUCCGUGGAGUUUGAAGCCAUCCAAGGUGACCGCCGCAUGUUCAAACUCGCCUCGGGGAAGCGAGAUUACCUACUCACAGAUGGCGAAAAGAACGAUUACGAUUGGCUCAAGACUCCUCCUGCCACCCCGCUGUUCGCUUCCCUUGAGAUGGAAGCUGAUUCCGCCCAAAUGGUUUUCCAGAGGGAGCUGCCUAUCCUUCAACCAGUUAAAACUUCAAGGUUCUCAGGAAAGCUCGAUGCACUCAGUAGCACAUCGACGAAAUCUGAAUCUCCUACGACGUCCAGUUCCUCAAAGUCGGCCACUCCAACGGCAAGACCCAGCUCUUCGUCAGAGAAAAACCUCAGCACCAGAGGACCGUCCCCUGCCUUCUGCAAACAAGAGUCCCCAUCUUACAAAAUAGACAAGAGAUCAAGCUACACACCUCUGGGAAACAGGCUGCAGAAUGCAGUGGCAGCUCCUACAACAGACACCAAGGCAGCUAAGAAAACCUCGUCAGACAAGAAGACCGUAGCCCCAGGCAGCACAAAGGCAGCCAAGAACGUCGCAGACAAACCCGCGAUGAAGAAUGUCGAUGCUGGCAAUGGUGGUGGCACAAGAAGAGUGUCGGUUGGUGCAAAGGAUCUGAAGGUCGAUGUUGGCAAUGGGGGCGCCACAAGAAGAGUGUCGGUUGGUGCAAAGGACCUGAAGGUCGAUGCCGGCAAUGGCGGCGCUGCAAGAAGAGUGCCACGUCAACCGGCUGCAGCAACAGGUAUCGGCAAAGACCCCUCUUUACUGCCGGCAGCGGCAAGAGGAAGGAGCAGAGGUGGCCAUGAGCCGGCUACUGGUAACGGUGUCGAUGCCACUGACGGGGCUGUGGUGAAGGGGAGGAGGAGAGCAGGCGGGGAGAAGGAGCAGCAGAGGCAGCAAAAGGUUGGAAGCCAUGGAAAGAAGCUGGUUGGGUAG